GACGGAUACGUAUAUAGGAUAGGUGUGUGCGGUUGCCAAGCGCUCGCUAUGUAGCAUAAGAAGUCGACUCGGACGACGCGGCACUUUGCUCACUCAGUUCGGAAGCGACUCUCGAGCAGAACACACACACACACAUACACGCACCGGCGCGCUUCGUUUUUAUCACCAGCCUUCCAAGGAGAAUCAAGUUGGGCAGUGAUCAUGGCUCUCACGCUUACAACCGAAGAUAAACUGGAGUACCAGUGGUACCCCAUAAACGGCAGUCAGAUUCAGUUCCGCAUCAAGGCACCGCACGAUGCUCACAUCGCUUUGACAACGGGACCCUUCGAGGGUGACCCCAUGUGGGAGGUGUUCAUCGGCGGCUGGAAAAACACGAAAUCAGUCAUCCGCAAGAACAGGACGAAACCCGAUGUCAGCGAGGUCGCCAGCCCCGACAUUUUGACCGCCGACGAGUUCCGCGGCUUCUGGAUCAGAUGGAACGGAGGAUACCUGACCGUCGGCAAGGAGGGCGAGCAGGAGCCUUUCAUCAGCUACGUCGAUCCCGACCCCUUCAGCGUCACUUACUUCGGCCUCUGCACCGGCUGGGGUGCUAGCGGCGAGUGGCUCGUCGAAGCAAGAUGCAUUGCCGGUCAGGGUGGUGGCAACACGUCGUCAAACUCCGUCCAGCCAUCGGCACCAGCCGACUACCAGCUGGGCAGCGUCUGCUGGUGCGACGCGGCCUCCGGCGCUCUUCCUCCGGGUGCCGUCGUUGGUGGCGAGGACGACGAGCCUCUCUACGUCGGUAGGGCCAACCACGAGGGUGCGCUGAUACCCGGUAAGGUCAAGCCCAGUCACGGCGUCUGCUACAUCGCCUGGGGUGGCGAGGAACACGCCAAGCCCGAGUACCAGGUGCUCUGCGGCUGCAACCCGAUCUGGGUACCGGUGAGCGGUGGCAACCUGCCCCCGAACGCCGUUCCAGCCGGUCAAACCGAGGACGGCGAGCCGCUGUUCGUUGGCCGCGUUAACCACGAGGCGAGCCUCACCCCGGGAAAAGUGCAUCCCUCCCACGAGUGCCUCUACAUCCCUUACGCCGGCGAGGAACUGAGCUUCAAGGACUACGAAGUCCUCACCGGCUAGACGCGCGACGAUUUUCAAGCCUGUAUGAAGCUGAAGCUAUGCCACGCUUAUACCGUUAAAGCGCACAAAACUUUCUGUCUAUCAUUGUUAUAUACAUAUUUGUGUCGAUGUCCCCUGUUCACUCGCGUUUUUUCGCUUUAUGUACAAGUGCAGCAGCUAUCGAUACAUGCAUAAUGUAGAGAAUAUGAUUUUAUUUAUUUUUAUCUGUGUAUAGCGCAGCGACCCGCGUUUUUUGAUAUUAUCUAUUUCAAGUGAACAACGUGCGAGGAUUUGUAAUAUGAUUGUUUACGGCACGAAUGAAAUUUUUGCGAUUAUUAAUACGUAUAUGUAUGCAUAUCGCGGACUGCUGGCCGUUCGCGGCAUUAUUUUCGAAGCUGAUGUCUGUUGAAAAAUUCGAUACACAUACUGCAGUGCUUUUACGAUACGCUGUGAUUUUGGAUCUUAUAUACACGAAAAGUCUCCUGCCAAAAAUUAUUAUUUCUCAUAAGUAUGUGCAUUUUAACGUUAAACGAUAAUCAAAGGAAUCUCAAGAUGCUCUCGCUUCGGUGAACGAAGAAUGUGAAACAAUCUAUAAAAGAUAUUAUGUACUGGAUGCAAUCGAAUCGUAUUUUAUGAAAUGUUGCAUUGAUAAAAUAGAGAGAUACAUUUUUACGUCUCAUCUGUAGACUGUAUUAUAUGAUACGAAUGCGCAAAUAUUAAGCUUUACCACAAAUUAUAUUUUCGGAUCACGCUUUGAAUAAAUCUUAUUUCUUGAGAGAA